GGGCUUUUAAUAUAGAAGAAGGGACGAGAGGAAAUUUUCGAGAGAUAGAACGAUGGUCGGUCACGUUCCGCUGGAGGUGGCGAAGACGGUGUUGGAGGCGGCGGACUUAGCCUGGACCGCCGCAGAAUAUCGCCGCCGACUCCGCUACGUGCACAAGGCUUCCGACGAUUGGGAUCAUGCGCCGUUGGAGGAGGACGAGGAGGAAUUGGAGUCUCUAAGAUCCGAGAAUCGCCGCCUGAGGAACUUGCUCCAACAGAACAUCGAGCUCCUUCAGGAUCUCUCAGAAUCGCCGUGUUUAUCUCCGGAUUGCCCAGCCGAUUUGUAUGAUCAGCUUGUGUCCACCAUCAAUUCUGAAAAGUUCUUGACUCAGCUUAAAUUGCUCCAUGAAUCUGUUGAUGGAACUGGCUCCAAAUUUCCUUUUAAGGAGGCUUCAGGAAUGGAUUUACAGUCAGCUGAAGAACUAAUAAAUAUUGACCUUGAAGAACCCAGUUGGUGGGUUUGGGUCACUGAUGAUAUGGUUCCAAGUGAUGUUGAGGAAUUGAGUGGAAUUGAUGAUGAAAAGUAUUUAGUUGUUAGCGAGGAACAAGUGGUGGAUGGAGUUGCAUAUUUUAUGGCUAUAUGCAUUCUUUCAGACCGAAAAGCUCUGACUUUGACACCUGAGGAGUUGCAGAAAACUUUGAAUAAAGCAUUGAAACGCAUGAACAAGUUGGAAAAGAUGUUGAAUGUCUGGCAUGCUGGGAAGAUGUUUUAUACCUUAUCCACCUGGGGACUUGCUCUUGUGGGGUUGUACAAUACUCGAGCAAUACUUAAAUUUGCGGCAAUGGGGGUUCAUACAACUAGCAAAGUUGUUUUGAAAGCGCUCUGAAGAUUGCUGUCUGUCUUCGUUAAGAAUACGAACGCGGCCAAACCUGAACAGAUCAUGGCUUUACUUAAAAAUCAAAUUCUGCAUUAAUUUGUAAAUAAUUGUGAAUUACAUUAUUUACAAAUAAUUGGAAAUUCUGCAGUACCUUUUUAAUUUACGCGAUUCACCUUCUGGGUA